GUGUGAGACGUGGCACAUCUUCACCGCUUUGUACCUCCUUAGCUCACUAAAGAAUUCGGGUACCGGUACCUGGUAAGGACAACAGGGGACACCACACCCUAUUCUAUCCACCAUGGAACGACGACAAGAAGAAGAAGAAGAAGAAGGAGCAGGAAAUGAAGAACUUUUGAAGGGGGAGAAGAGAUCGACGUCAAAGAUUUGCUGCCCCCACCUCCCUCCAGCAAAAAGAAGAAAUGUCAACAAGAACAAGAGCGCCAAGAAAGCGACCACCUUGCUGGAAAGCUUCCAAACCAUGAUCCCUCGAGAUAUUGUUGUCAAGAAGAUCAUGCCUUAUUUGGAUCGUCCAUCGGUCGUCGUCAUGAUGAGCGAAACUUUGAAGAAGGAGCUUGGAUAUCUCCGACUGCACGAGAAUUUUUGUAACGAACAUGGUACCGGUAAGAAAACCAGGAACCAAUUAAAGGAGGAGGGACAUUUGGAACAAGAAGAAGACCAGGAUGAAGAGGAGGUUGCUGUGGAAAAAGAAGCUGAUGCAGAUGCACAUGAAGUUGACUUGGUAGUGUGUUUGGACUGCGUCAAGGAAGAUGAGGAAGGUGAAAUUCGUUGCGACAAAUGCGACACGUUUUUCUCAGAAGAAGAGAUGGAGGACGGGUGUUCUGAUUGUCACCCCAAUAACCGAUUCUGUGACAGUUGUUACAGUGAUAUUGGGGAAACAUGCAAAUUUUGCCACGUAACCUAUUGUGAGUGCCAAAAACAACGAAGUUUAUCCUGCUGUGGUUGUUGUGAGGAGUGGUUCUGUGAAUGCCACCACGAAGAUCGAGAAUUCGUUGGUUAUGACUAUUGUACCUUCGAGUGUGCCAACAAUGGCACCGAGACUUUCUAUGACGAGGAGUAUGAUUGAUGGUAUUACGAGUCGGAUGAUUGUGCAGACUACGAAUCCGAUAACGAUGAUUGAUUAGACUAUUGGUCCUACUGCGCCGUGAAACUAUUAUUACAUACUGAAUAAUAUGGUUAUUAUAGUCAUUGGCUUGAUAGCCUGUCGACC